GUCUCAUUCGUUCUCAUACUACGUAGAACUCAUUCCACGCCGAGUUCAUUCUACGUAGAGCUCAUUCUACGUCGCGAGACGUCACCGGUAACCGGUAUUCUUUCUGUUUGAUCUCGUAACGUAAGAAUUAAAAAAGGUCACUUAUAUUCACAUACAUUUAAAACAAUGUAUACCAUUAGAAGAAUUUUUACGUCUAAUAUCACUAAAGAACAAUGUACAAGAUUGAAACAUACCUUACCGGAUUUGCCUUACGAUUACAAGGCAUUAGAACCGAUAAUAAGUGCGGAAAUUAUGCAGCUACAUCAUUCUAAACAUCAUGCGACUUAUGUUAAUAAUUUAAAUGUUGCCGAAGAGAAAAUGAAAGAAGCUGUCGGUAAAGGUGAUGUAAAUACGCAAAUUGCGCUUGGUCCUGCAUUAAAAUUUAACGGAGGUGGACAUCUCAAUCAUAGUAUCUUUUGGGCAAACCUAUCGCCUUGUGGUGGUAAACCAAAUGAUGCUCUUAUCAAACAGAUAGAAAAAGAUUUUUGUUCUCUGGAUGAGAUGAAAAAACGUUUAUCAGAGAGUACUGUUGCUAUUCAAGGCUCUGGAUGGGGAUGGCUUGGAUAUGAUCAGAAAUCAAAAUCCCUUAAAAUUGCUACCUGUGCUAAUCAAGAUCCUUUACAGGCUACAACCGGUCUCAUACCUCUUUUUGGUAUUGAUGUUUGGGAACAUGCUUAUUACCUUCAAUACAAAAAUGUACGACCUGAUUAUGUAAAGGCAAUCUUCGAUAUUGUUAAUUGGAACGAUGUCAAUGCUCGUUUUAAACAGGCAGCUGGCUGUUAAGCGCUUUAUGUAUGCGAACAAAUGUAAUACAUCACAUUUGAAAUUAGCAUAUAUUGUGCACCAUAUAGAACAAUCAUUAAUUUCUAUAAUCUUUUUAUAAGAUAGUAUAAUAUAAUAUAUCUACUUCUGUGUUAUA